GGGAGUCUGGAACGGGCAGCGCUGGCGGCUCCGCGAGGUCCAGGUGGCACCAUGGAGGAGCUGGACGGCGAGCCGACAGUCACUUUGAUUCCAGGUAUGAAUUCCAAGAAGAAGCAAAUGUGUUUUGACUGGGGUCCUGGGGAGAUGUUGGUGUGCGAAACCUCCUUCAACAAAAAAGAAAAAUCAGAGACAGCCCCAAACUGUCCCUUUAUCUAUAUCAUCCGGAAAGAUGUAGAUGUUUACUCUCAAAUUUUGAGAAAACUCUUUAAUGAAUCCCAUGGAAUCUUUGUGGGUCUCCAGAGAAUUGAAGAAGAAUUGACUGGAAAGUCCAGAAAAGCUCAAUUGGUUCGAGUGAGUAAAAACUAUCGAUCAGUCAUAAGAGCCUGUAUGGAGGAAAUGCACCAAUUUGCAAUUGCUGCAAAGGAUCCAGCCAGUGGUCGCCAGUUCAGCAGCCAGGUCUCCAUUUUGUCAGCAAUGGAGCUCAUAUGGAACCUGUGUGAGAUUCUUUUUAUUGAAGUGGCCCCAGCUGGCCCUCUCCUCCUCCAUCUCCUCGACUGGGUCCGACUCCAUGUGUGUGAAGUGGACAGUUUGUCAGCAGACGUUCUGGGCAGUGAGAAUCCAAGCAAACACGAGAGCUUUUGGAACUUGGUGACCGUCUUGGUGCUUCAGGGUCGGCUAGAUGAGGCCCGACAGAUGCUGUCCAAGGAGGCAGAUGCCAGCCCCACCUCUGCAGGCAUGUGUCGAAUCCUGGGGGACCUGAUGAGGACAAUGCCUAUUCUCAGUCCUGGCAACACUCAGACACUGACUGAGCUGGAGCUGAAGUGGCAGCACUGGCGAGAGGAGUGUGAGCGGCACCUGCAGGAUGGCACGUUUGCCUCCAGCCCACGCCUAGAGUCUCUCUGCAAGAUCAUGCUGGGAGAUGAGGCCGCCUUGUUAGAGCAGAAGGAACUUCUGAGUAAUUGGUACCAUUUCCUAGUCACUCGGCUUCUGUACUCUCAUCCCACAGUGAAACCCAUUGAUCUGCACUUCUAUGCCCAGUCCAGCCUGGACAUGUUUCUGGGAGGUGAGAGCAGCCCAGAGCCCCUGGACAACAUCUUGAUGGCGGCCUUUGAGUUUGACAUCCACCAAGUGAUCAAAGAAUGCAGCAUUGCCUUGAGCAACUGGUGGUUUGUGGCCCACCUGACAGACCUGCUGGAUCACUGCAGGCUUCUCCAGGCACACAACCUCUAUUUUGGUUCCAACAUGAGAGAAUUCCUCCUAUUGGAAUAUGCCUCAGGACUGUUUGCUCAUCACAGCCUUUGGCAGCUAGGGGUAGAUUACUUUGACUACUGUCCUGAACUGGGCCGAGUUUCUUUGGAGCUGCACAUUGAGAGAAUCCCUCUCAACACAGAGCAGAAAGCCCUCAAGGUGCUGCGAAUUUGUGAGCAGCGGCAGAUGACUGAACAGGUCCGCAGCAUCUGUAAGAUCUUGGCUAUGAAGGCUGUCCGCAACAACCGCCUGGGCUCUGCCCUCUCUUGGAGCAUCCGUGCCAAAGAUGCCGCCUUUGCCACACUUGUGUCAGACAGAUUCCUCAGGGAUUACUGUGAGCAAGGUUGCUUUUCCGACUUGGAUCUCAUUGACAACUUGGGGCCAGCCAUGAUGCUUAGUGAUCGGCUAACAUUCCUGGGAAAAUACCGUGAGUUCCACCGAUUAUAUGGAGAGAAGCGCUUUGGGGAUGCUGCAUCUCUCCUGUUGUCUCUGAUGACUUCCCAGAUUGCGCCCCGCUCUUUCUGGAUGACUCUGCUCACAGAUGCCCUGCCCCUUUUGGAACAGAAACAGGUGAUUUUCUCAGCAGAACAAACAUACGAGCUGAUGCGAUGUCUGGAGGACUUGACCUCAGGGAAGCCAGAGCGUGCAGAGCCUGAUGCCCAGCGACUACAGGACGACGAUAUAGAAACCACUAAGGUGGAAAUGCUGAGACUCGCUCUGGCCCGGAAUCUUGCUCGGGCAAUUAUAAGAGAAGGCUCAUUGGAAGGUUCUUGACGUCAGCUGAGAGCUGCUGCAACUAUAUGGCAAUGUAUAUAUAGAUUUUUAAAAAUAAUUAAACUUUUUUUUUUGCAAGUACAAGGCAAAUUCUUAUAA